AUGAAUAUUUAUAAACAAGUAAAUCUUAGAUAUUUAAGGAAUAGGAUUACUUUUAAAGCAAGAGGUGGUGAUAGAAGAUUGAAACUAAAUGAUGAUCAUAGACUUUUUUUACGAAGACAAAUGGAAAUAAAUCCAAGUAUUACUAUUAACGAAUUAUACCAAAAGCUUAUUGAACAGUUUAAUUUACAAGUCAUUAGAUCAACAGUUGGCCAAAAUAUAAAAAAACUAGGAUUUACCUUAAAAAGACUAGUACCAAUUAAUGAAAGCCAGAAUAUAGAUACUACCAUCGUUCAAAGAAAAGAAUAUGUUGACAACAUAUUUCAAGAAAAUAUUGAUAUGUAUAAUGAUGUUAUAUAUAUUAACGAAUGCGGUUUUAAUCUACAUUUAACUCAUUCACGGGGACAUGCAUCUAGUAGAAAAUCUGCUAUUAAAGAGGUUGUUAAACAACGUAGCAAAAAUAUUACAAUUAUAGCAGCAAUAGAUGGAAAUAGUAUCAUUAAGGUUUCAUCAAAUCUGGCAUAUUCCCCGUUCCUUAAUCCCAUAGAAAAGGCCUUUUCAAAAGUAAAAAAUCUAGUUGCAAGACACUAUCUUACCGAUCGCGAAACAAUUUUGGGAAGAAUAGAUGAUGCAUUUGAUAUGGUAACUAGGGAGGAUUGUAGAAAUUGGAUUAGACAUUCGAUAUCAUAUUUUGAUUCCUGUCAAGAUGAAGAAAGAAUUGAAAU